AUGACAGCCAUCCUGGAGCGGAUCAGUACCCUGUCCCUCAGCGGGCAGCAUCUCAGCCGUCUCCCCAGGCUGCUGGAGGAUGGUUUCCCCAAGAUGCCUUGUACGGUGAAGGAGUGUGAGGUGCCACAGCUCUUCCGUGAGCCAUACAUCCUCACCGGGUACCGUCCCACCGGCCAGGACUGGCGGUACUACUUCCUUAGCCUCUUCCAGAAGCACAACGAGGUGGUCAACGUGUGGACUCAUCUCCUGGCAGCGUUGGCUGUGCUUCUGAGAUUCAAGACGUUUGUGGAGGCUGAGCAGUUACCUAUGUACGCGUGGUCCUUGCCUUUGCUCAUCUUUGUCUUCUCCUCUGUCACCUACUUGACCUGCAGCCUCUUGGCCCACCUAUUGCAGUCCAAAUCAGAGCUGUACCACUAUACCUUCUACUUUGUGGACUAUGUUGGAGUCAGCAUCUACCAAUAUGGUAGUGCCUUGGCCCAUUUCUACUACAGCUCUGACCAAGCUUGGUACGACAAGUUCUGGCUUUUCUUCUUGCCAGCAGCUGCUUUCUGUGGUUGGUUGUCUUGUGCCGGCUGCUGCUACGCGAAAUAUCGGUACCGACGGCCUUACCCCAUCAUGAGGAAGAUGUGCCAGGUGAUCCCAGCUGGGCUGGCUUUCAUCUUGGAUAUCAGCCCUGUCGCUCACCGGGUGGUUGUGUGUCACCUGGGGGGCUGUGAGGAAGAUGCUGCUUGGUACCACACGUACCAGAUACUGUUUUUCCUUAUCAGUGCUUAUUUCUUCUCCUGCCCGGUCCCUGAGAAGUACUUCCCUGGCUCCUGCGAUAUCGUUGGCCAUGCCCAUCAGAUCUUCCACAUCUUCUUGGCCAUCUGCACCCUGUCACAGCUGGAGGCUAUUUUUUUGGAUUACAAGAACAGGCAGGAGAUUUUCCUGAAGAGACACGGGCCUUUCUCCAUUUAUCUCUCCUGCAUCUCUUUUUUUGGCCUGGUGGCUUGUAGUGCCAUCACAGCUUACAUCCUGCGAUGCAGGAUCAAAGCCAGCCUGGCUAAAAAGGACUCCUGAGAGUCACAAACGUGACGAGCAUGACAUCACUGGGGUGGUGAAAAUCAAGAAAAAGGGGCAUAACAUAUUAGAGACAUAACUGGCUUAUUUGCCUAACAUGCUGUGACUAACCUGGACCCUGGAAUUGGGUGGAGGGCUGGAGACUUCAUGCUGGAUGCAUUUUCACAGCAGGGACUUCCUUCUGCCAUGCAGGGGGGACAUGGAGUGUUUUAAGCCAGAAUAAGUCACUUAACCAAGGAUGCUGGAAUA